UUGCAAAAUCAAGCCUAUAAAAAGGGUAACAAAUUAACAUAGCGAAAACUGUUGCAGAUAUCAGUGUUCUCUUUUUGGGAGAAGUUUAAAACUCAUCUAAUUUCAUCAAAUGUUGACUAGAUCGAAGAAUCAUAGAUUGUUCUACUAUUUCCAUUAAUAUGAAUGGUAGGAGAUUUGUACAAAUAAUGACCAGAUCGAAGAACCAUGGAUUCCGAUGAUAGAUUGUGAAAGAAGACGAUCCAAUUGGUGGUUGUAGACAUGAAAUCUGAAGUUUAUCACACAGAAAACAGGUUCUUUGUUCUCCUUUUUUUAAAUUUAUUUAUCUUCUAUUUGAAACUUGAAUUGAAUAAACAAAAGGAUACAAGACGAAUGAAGUAGGAUUUCUUACGUUAAAAUCUUAGCUGAAGUCAGUUGACGAGUGUGAUGGGAGCGGAGUGUGACAAAAUUCAAUUGGAUUAUGAAGCGGAGACGAAGCUGAGGCUAGGGUUGCCCGGAGCCAUUAAUGAAAAUGAAGGUGAAGUGACGUCAAAGAAUAAUGGGAAGAGUCUUUCAGAAACUGUUGACUUGAAACAAAACCUUUCUUCAACGGGUUCUACAGUUGAUAAUCAAGUUGACAACAUGAAGGAGAAGAAGAAUAUUGCUCCCACUGAUCCUGCUAAGCCACCAGCCAAGGACAUUCAGAUAGACAAAGUUGUAUUUGAGGAAGAUACACCCUGAUGAUGGAACUGCAUUACUUUUUAUGUUUCGCAACUAGAGGCGGAUUUUGAAGUUUUUAAUCCGGAUGGCAUGUUGAGCUACAGUAUCUCGACGAAACAAAUCCUCAACAAAUGCUUAUCGACAUGCCAAAUAGUAAAUACACUGGAAGUGCAGAGCAAGGUUGGUGUUGGAGGUUACAUGGGAUCGACUCAGUCGACCGGUGCCGAUGAUAUCUGGAUGCUUUGAAUUGGAGAAUUGCCAUUUUCGAUGGAUGAAUAAUAUCUCUAUAGCUUUUUUGCAAAAGUAGGCGAUGUACUAAAGUUUCUAAAAUACAUUGUUAUGCUGAGUGUUUUAAUAUGUAAACUGUAUCUUAUGGAGAAGAAUAAAUCUUUUAAAUUGUUGUGAGAAUUGAUAAG